AUGUCUGAUUACUUGUCUUCUCUCAAGCAGAUUGGAAUGAAUCCUUCUCAUAAAUUCCUCCUCUGGGACCAAACAAUGAUGAUCUUCAUCCUCUUCCGUUCAUGUCUGGAACUGCCUUUAUCCAUGGCAGUGCUCACUGGCAAAUGUCAGGUUACAGAGGGAUGGCUUAAGCCCCACACAGCAGAACCUCUUUCUCUGUGUCCCUCUGCUCUAGAUACUGGUCUGGUUGUGCUUUGCAGCAAUAUCACCUCCCUGCCGGCUGACCUAGCACCUGUUCCUGAGCAGGUGAAUACCCUCUGUCUAUCAGGAAACAUUAAUGUCUUGUAUAAAGGAGUGUUCCUGACUUUUCCAGAACUUCGUUACUUGAGUAUCACCAUGAACGUGUCAGUCAUCUCACCUAUGGCUUUCCUGGGCCUGGACAAACUGCAACAUCUGUCAAUCCACCACAUAGAUGUGGGCUGCUCCAACGUCUCCCUCCCCGCUGAGGUCUUCCAACCGCUACACCAGCUGCAGAUGUUGGACAUGAAGGGUGUCUGUCUAGCAGGACAGAAAGGGGUGGCAUUUCCUAGUCAACUGCAGUCAUUCUCCGUUUCCAGCUGCUCUUUGGAACAUUUUUCGGAACUAUUCAGUAUCUUCCCGUCGUUGAGGUCUGUGCCUCAGGUGACAGUGAAUAAUUGUAAGAUGGAGGGGAUGCCUUAUUCUUUAUCUUCAAAGCAACAUCGUAACCGUCCAAUCCUUGCUGUCUCCUCCUCUUGGCCACAGGAGGACAGAAUGAAUCCUGAAGCUCAAAAGGGAGAUCUUCUUCAGUCCCUCAGUUUGAGCCAGUCCCCUCUGGCUUUGAGUGAGCUCUUGGCCUUGGAAAUAGAAGCACUGGACUCCCUCUCGCUAGACAGGACCAACCCACCAAAUGAGACCCAGGCUUACUCCUUCUGUGUUCUUGCCACCCGUUUCUCCCUCCGUUCACUGACGUUCUCCCAUAAUUAUUACAAAAGCUUCAUUGGUGAAAAGCUUUCAGACUGCCAUUCUUUAAAGAAUUUAGGGCUAGAAGGGAACGAAUUGGAGAAUGUGGAUUCUUUCCUUCUAUAUAAACUACCACAACUGCUGUUCCUGGAUCUUUCUGAAAACCAUCUGCAUUGGGAUCUUUGUCCGGCAGGGUAUAAGACAAUUAAUUUCUCCUCCAGCCUGCAGGUCCUGGAUUUCUCUGGUAACAAUGGCAGUACACUCCCGGCCUCUGCUUUCUCCUGCCUGCCGUAUUUACAAGAACUGUCAUUCAACAGGUGUGGCCUUGAGAAGAUUGAUCCAUUGGCCUUCUCCGGAUUCAACAGUCUCAAGGUUUUGAAUCUUAGAGAGAAUCAUAUUAACUACCUGCCUCUUGACUCGUUUUCUAAUCUGCCUCUCUUGACUACGUUGGACCUGCGUGACAACAACGUUGAACGGUUUGCAAGAAGAGUCUUUCAGAACUUGACUUUUUUAAGAGACCUUCAAAUAGGUUCAUAUGAUACAUUACCUGAAAUCUAUUUGUCAGUGCCUAACGUAACAACAUUUGGAGUGGAGACAUACCUCCUAAUUUCAUUCCAUAGCAUGGUCACCACUGCCUUUGCUUCAGUGCAGAACAUGUCUUUAAGUGGGUGCUAUAACUUCCUAAAAGCCGAGAAAAACUUAUUCUUUCCCAGUGUACAGAUGCUCCAUUGGGAGCCUGCUCUUCAUGAGUGUCAGUCCUCUCAGCCUUUCCAUCAACAUUUCCCCCUGCUUGAGAAGUUCAUUUAUAAGCACCAUAUCGAUGGUGGUCUUUUUUCAUCAAAAAAUUUCAACCUGUCACACCUGUCCAGGUUGCGAAUACUCGAGGUGCACAAUCUCCCUGAAGAUAAUUAUUCUCCAGAGGAGGCUCAGUACUACUUCAUGGACUUGCCAUCCUUGGAAGUCCUAAAGGUGGUGAAUUCCAACCUCAGGUACAUCUCAGCCGCGUUCUUCCACAGGAAGAACAACCUCAGGAAUUUGGUGUUGGAGAAGGAGAACUUCCUUGCUCUUGACAGUGACAUUCAAUAUCAGAUAGAGGUCCACACUCUUCCCCACUACUUGCACUUUUCAAAUGUCACCUUCAGGUGUGACUGCUCUAGUGCCUGGAUCAUUGGCUGGGCAACCAACAUGAAAGGGAUUUAUGUCUCAGGACUGGAGCAAGCGGACUGCUUGGAUGUAACAUGGUGGAGGCAUAACAGACAAAAGUUUGUGGCCUUUGUAGAACAGAACUGCAGUGAGAAUGCUGGAUUCCUCCUCUUUAUAGCUACUUUCUCAUUCCUGUUCUUCUUCAUCUCACUCCCCCUUCUGAAUGCCACUUGUGGCUCAGACUUCCUGUUUCUGGUCUACAUGCUGAGGGCUUGGUGGAAGGGUUUACUGGAUCGCAACAAGGACCGGAGAUUUGAGUUUGAUGCUUUUGUGUCUUACAGCAGCCAAGACCAGGAGUGGGUAUUACAGCACCUUGUACCCAACCUGGAGCAGAAUGGACCACCUUUCCUGAACCUCUGUCUGCACAAUCGAGACUUUGUGGUAGGUAAGGCCGUGGUGGACAAUAUCAUAGAGAGCCUCUAUAGUAGCCGCAAGACCAUCUGUGUGAUCAGCCACAACGCCCUGGGCAGUCACUGGUGCUCUCUGGAGCUAAGCCUGGCCACAUACCGGCUCAUGGCUGAACAAGAAGACACACUGAUCCUGUUGUUCGUGGAACAUGUUUCAAGAAAUCAGCUCACAGCAUAUCACCGUUUGGCCAAGAUGGUGAAGAGGAACACCUACCUAGAUUGGCCUAAGGAGCCUGCUGCCCAGGCAGCUUUUUGGGAUAAAAUGAGGGGCAUUCUGGGUCAGCACCAGGCAAACGGGCAUGAGGCGAUGUAA